AAUAAUGUGACUAGCAUACUACGAACCAAAAUCAUACAGAUAAAGUCUUUCAAGAGGUCGACGAAGACGUAUUUCAUUUUUAUUAUUUCAUAGUAAUGUUAAUCUAAAGAAAGGGAAAUUUACCUGGGAAGUGUUAACUGUCUGGUCGACUUUGUAGGAAGAAUGGCAUUAGGCAGCUAACCUGUGUCAUUAGUUAGCUUAAUUAACAAAUGUAACGGCUAACGUUUUGACUUAGACUGGAGACCUGAGCGUCGUUACCCAGGGUUAGAGAUAAACAAACCUGAACCCAAAGAAGAGAGGACAUUAUGAUCCUGUCUCGGGUAAAGCCAGCCGUGGGAGGAGAGACGCCUGCGAGCAUUGGCGAGAAAAAGAAGAAAAAUAAGACCAAGGUACCCCGUUUAGAGGAAUACCUGCAACAAAGAGACUACCUUGGGGCCUUGACGCUAUUAGAGUUUCAGAGAAGUAUUGGAGAGAAGGAGGAGCAUGCAGACCUCUGGAUUGGCUAUUGCGCCUUUCAUUUGGGUGAUUAUAAGAGAGCCAUAGAGGAGUACAAAUCUCUGACCAUGCAGCCUGAUUGUUCUGCAGAGGUGUGGGUCUAUCUGGCCUGUGCCAUGUUUUUUCUAGGGCUCUAUAAAGAGGCUGAGGAGGCUGCAUCAAAGGCACCGGUGUCCCCCCUCCAAAACCGGCUUCUUUUUCACUUGGCUCACAAGUUCAAUGAUGAGAAGAGACUCAUGGGUUUCCACCAGAACCUGGAGAAUGUGACUGAGGACCAGCUGAGCUUGGCAUCCAUUCAUUACAUGCGCUCUCACUACCAGGAGGCAAUAGACAUUUAUAAACGCCUUCUUCUACAGAACAGAGAUUUCCUGGCCUUGAAAGUGUAUGUGGCUCUAUGUUACUACAAGCUCGACUAUUAUGAUGUGUCUCAGGAGGUGUUGGCUGUUUACCUGCAAAGCAUCCCAGACUCCACAAUUGCCCUCAACCUCAAGGCCUGCAACCAUUUCAGGCUUUACAAUGGCAAAGCAGCUGAGAAAGAGUUAAAGAACCUAAUAGACAUCUCCUCCUGCUCCUUUGAGUUUGCUAAGGAGCUUAUUCGGCAUAACCUGGUGGUGUUUCGUGGUGGGGAGGGGGCGUUGCAAGUCUUGCCUCCUCUGAUAGAUGUGAUCCCUGAGGCUAGACUCAACCUGGUCAUCUACUAUCUCCGACAAGAUGAUGUCCAGGAAGCUUAUAACCUGAUCCAAGAUUUAGUACCUUCCACGCCUCAGGAGUAUAUUUUGAAAGGAGUAGUAAAUGCUGCACUGGGACAAGAAAUUGGAUCAAGGGAUCACCUGAAAAUUGCUCAGCAGUUCUUUCAGUUGGUCGGAGGCUCAGCAAGUGAAUGUGACACUAUUCCUGGCCGACAGUGCAUGGCCUCAUGCUUCUUCCUCUUGAGACAGUUUGAAGAUGUGCUUAUUUAUCUCAACUCAGUCAAGGGUUACUUCUAUAAUGAUGAUACAUUCAACUUCAACUAUGCUCAGGCUAAAGCAGCCCUUGGCAGCUACAAAGAAGCAGAAGAGGUGUUCCUGCUGAUUCAGAGUGAAAAGAUCAAGAAUGACUAUGUUUACCUCAGCUGGCUGGCACGCUGCUACAUAAUGAACCAGAAGGGUCAGCUCGCCUGGGAACUCUACUUGAAGAUGGGCACUUCCUCUGAUUCCUUCAGUCUGCUGCAGCUUAUCGCCAACGACUGCUACAAGAUGGGACAGUUCUACUAUGCAGCCAAAGCGUUUGAUGCUCUGGAGAAGCUGGAUCCAGGUUCGAACUACUGGGAGGGCAAGAGAGGGGCAUGUGUUGGCAUUUUCCAGCUCAUACUUGCAAACAAGGAGCCCAAGGAGACACUUAAAGAGGUGGUGCCUCUGCUGCGAAAUUCAGGAAACCCCCAGGUUGAAUACAUCAUCCGAGUUCUAAGGAAAUGGGCCAAAGAGAACAGAGUCCUCCUCUCAUGAUCUCCAUCUCACCACAAACUUACAUUAAAAGUUAUAAUAUGCCGACGUCAGCUUUCAUAACAUUUCACCAAAAUGUAUGAAUUAUAUCUAUGUACUUGUCUUUCUCAUACUAUACUGUUUUCUGUUUUGAAUUGCAGUUCAGAUACUUGUACAUUUGUAUUAAAAUGUGUAUUUUUUAAAUCAC